AACCGCUGUUCGUAGUCACUACUCCGUUUUCAAAUCCCUAAAUUCAUCACCUCAAUCAUCUCUAGGGUUUUUGGAAUUUGGGGGAGAAAUCCAGAGCUUGAAGGGAUUGAGAGAGCGAGAUGUGUGGUAUUUUUGCAUAUUUGAACUACAAUGUAGAGAGGGAGAGGAGGUACAUCCUCGAGGUGCUCCUCAAUGGCCUCCGGAGACUUGAGUACCGUGGCUAUGAUUCAUCUGGGAUCGCGAUUGACUCUGAUCUUGAUGCUGUGGAGGUUUCUCUGAAGGAGGCCCCCUAUGAGUCUGCAUUUCCUCUGGUUUUCAGGCAGGAGGGCAAGAUCGAGUCACUUGUUGGAUCCGUCUACGCUGAGGUUGAUGCUAUGGAUUUGAAUUUAGAGAAACCAUUUUCUGUUCACGCUGGAAUUGCGCACACACGUUGGGCCACUCAUGGUGUGCCUUCCCCAAGAAACAGUCAUCCGCAGUCAUCCGGUGCAUGGAAUGAAUUUAUUGUUGUUCACAACGGCAUUAUAACUAACUAUGAGGUUUUAAAAGAGACUUUGAUUCGAAAUGGGUUCAACUUUGAAUCAGAAACUGAUACGGAAGUUAUACCAAAGUUGGCGAAGUUUGUGUUUGACAAGGCUCAUGAGGCUGGUCAGACUGUUACCUUUAGUCAAGUUGUUUUUGAAGUCAUGAGGCAACUUGAAGGAGCAUAUGCACUUAUUUUUAAAAGCCCGCACUAUCCAAAUGAGUUGAUUGCUUGCAAGCGUGGAAGCACAUUGAUUUUGGGUGUCAAAGAGCUGACAGAUAUCUCAAAUAGUGGUGCAUUGUUUCAUGAUGUUAAAGCCCUCACUACCAAUGGGCAGCCCAAAGAGCUGUUUUUUUCCAGUGAUUUAUGUGCUAUUGUGGAACACACCAAAAAUUAUCUGGCGAUUGAAGACAGUGAAGUGGUGCAUAUUAAGGAUGGAUGUGUAUCUGUCCUCAAGUUUGACUAUGAUAAAGAAAAGCCAGCGUCAGUGCAACGUGCUUUAUCUGUUCUGGAGAUGGAAGUUGAGCAAAUAAAGAAGGGCAACUAUGACCAUUUCAUGCAGAAAGAAAUCCAUGAGCAGCCACAUUCUUUGACUACAACAAUGAGGGGAAGGCUUAAACAUAAUAGUGUUCUUUUGGGUGGGCUUAAAGAACAUAUGAAAACAAUCAGGCACAGCCGGAGAAUCGUUUUUAUUGGUUGUGGUACAAGCUACAAUGCUGCUCUAGCUGCAAGGCCUAUUCUGGAAGAACUGUCCAGUAUCCCAGUUACCAUGGAAAUCGCUAGUGAUCUGCUUGACAGGCAAGGUCCAAUUUACAGAGAGGAUACCGCCGUGUUCGUUAGCCAAUCUGGAGAAACUGCAGAUACCCUAUUAGCACUAGAAUAUGCAUUAGAAAAUGGGGCGCUUUGUGUUGGUAUAACAAAUACUGUUGGCAGUACAUUAGCCAGAAAAACUCAUUGCGGUAUCCACAUAAAUGCUGGGUGUGAAAUAGGUGUUGCUAGCACAAAGGCGUACACCAGUCAGAUAGUAGUCAUGGUCAUGAUGGCAUUGGCUAUUGGAGCUGAUAGAAUAUCUACUCAAGCUAGAAGAGAGGAUAUCAUUAAUGGUCUUUCAGAUCUACCAAAUCAAGUUAGUGAAGUUCUAAAACUUGAUAGAGAAAUGAAAGAUCUUGCUGAAUCAUUGAUAAACUUGGAGUCACUGCUGGUAUUUGGCAGAGGUUAUAAUUAUGCGACUGCCCUUGAGGGUGCUUUGAAAGUGAAGGAAGUAGCCCUCAUGCACAGUGAAGGAAUGCUUGCUGGUGAAAUGAAACAUGGUCCGCUGGCUUUAGUGGAUGAAACUCUCCCCAUUAUUGUUGUCGCAACGCGUGAUUCUUGCUUUAGUAAGCAACAAUCAGUGAUCCAACAACUUCAUGCACGCAAAGGUAGAUUGAUAGUUUUGUGUUCAAAGGGAGAUGCUCAAUCUGUCUGCCCCGGUAGAUCUUGUAGGAUCAUUGAAGUUCCUCAGGUUGCAGAUUGCCUUCAGCCAGUGGUUAAUAUAAUACCAUUGCAGCUUCUGGCUUAUCAUCUCACUGUUCUUCGUGGAUACAAUGUUGACCAACCUCGGAAUCUGGCAAAGAGUGUAACAACUCAAUAAGAAUCUGACCAGCCUGCAACCUCAACUUGUUCUCUGUAAGUCAUGCUCAUCAGUCAUCCAUCUAUUCUUUGUAGCGCACACUAUGCAUUUCAAUGAUUUAGGUUGUGUUGAAACUUGAGAGACUCAUGUUUAUGUAAGAAGAGCUGUGGUUAGUCAAUGUUGUAUGUGUUUCCUUUGUAUUUUGUUGCCAUGAUUCAUCUAAAUUAUGAUAAUAUGAUUGUUGGACCUGCUGAAUGUGUUUCUAGUUU